AUAUGCUCACCUUUUGUCCACAUUGCUCAAACAUGCUAGUCGUAGCGCGAUCGGAGGUUAGUGGAAGUAACAGUUUUACCUGUCCCACUUGUCCCUAUGAGUUUCCAAUUGAUGGCAUUCUAAUAUAUGAGCGAAAGGAACUGCCGAGAAAACAAGUCGAUGACGUUCUGGGAGGAGAAGGCGCGUGGGACAAUGUUGAUCAAACUGUCACGCAAUGUCCGGUUGAAAGCUGUGGCUUCGACAAGGCCUACUUUUUCCAGCUUCAAAUCAGAUCAGCCGACGAACCUAUGACGACAUUUUACAAGUGUUGCAAAUGUGGACACCGCUGGAGAGAGAACUAAUUUCCUAAUGAUGACCGAUCUAGUCCGUACGAUAGAAUUUACAUGUAUACUAGAAGCAUUGAGAAUUGCUGAACUUGCUUAAGCUUCUUUAUUAUCAAUGAUUUUGUUAUAAAUGAUCAACAAAAGAAAAAUUAGAUUUUCUUGUGAUCCAAAAAAGCAUCUUAAUAGUUGAAAGAACUUAG